AUGCCCGAAGAACGAAGAGCAUCUGCUGAUAGUCUUGAUGAUUUUUUUGGUGUUCCAUCAACAACAAAUAAAGAUGAUCGAACAACUACCAAAACGUCCACCGGAUUGAAUAAAAGAUUAUCAAUUGAUGAAAAACAACAACGUUUAUCACCGACAAAAUCAUCAUCAACUACGCAUUCCAAUAGCAAUAACAAUAAAGAAAAUGGAAAUCAUUAUCGUGAUGAUACACCGACCGAUGAAAAAGAACAAAAACGACAAGAAUUAGAAAAAGUAAAUAAGAAUAAUAAUGAACAAACCACGUCAGCAGAUUAUCAAGGUUUAAGUACGCUUAUUACUCAAGCUCCAACCUAUUCGCAUAAUAACGCGAUGAGUUCGAAUAGUCGAUCAAAUAAUAAUCAUUCGACUAUUAUACGUUCACCAACAAUUGUCGACAACAAAUCUAAAGUGAAUACUAAUAGUAAAUCACAACGAAAAAUAGUUAGAUCGGCAUCGAAUCAUGAUGGUAAUUCAAUUCAUUCAGCUGUCUAUUCAUCUGAUUUCGAUGAUGAUGAAGCUGAUGAUGAUACAACAACGGAAACAGAUCGUGUGAAGAAAUAUGGCUCUUUACCACCAUCGAAACAAAGUAUGAAACGUGUCUCAGGCGUCUUGCCACAACGUCGUGGUAGUGAUUCAGAACUGAAAUCAAAAACGAUUAUUAUUAAAUCAAAUCAAAAUCAUAAUCGUCGAAAAGACAGAUUGUUACCCUAUAUUCGUCAUACAAAUAAAAUGAACAAUAAUAAUCAUAUGACGAGAACAAAUCAUCUAAAACGAAAACAUGACCAACAACAGCAAUUGUCUAUGCCAAAAGGUGAAGUUGAACGACGAUUACUAUCAGCACAAAAUACAAAAUUAAAAACAUUAGAAAACAAAAUAGCUGAAUUGAAGUUAGAUCUAGAUACAAUUCGUGUUGAAAAUCAUACAUUAAAAACAAUUCAACGCCGUGAAGAAAUGGCAUUGAAAAAAUAUGAAAAUCAAGAUUACGAUAUUCAACGUAUUCUAAAAGAGUAUACGUCCGAAAUUCAACAUACUAAAGAAUUGUUAUUUAAUGAAAAACAAUCAAAAUUAAAAUUAGAAAAAACAAUUGAUUCAAAAGAUGAAAUAUUACGUGAUACCAAAAAACGUUUAAAAUAUUAUGAAAAAAUAACGAUGGAAAAAAAUCUUGAUGAACGAUAUGAAAUGAAAGAAAAACUAAAAGAAUCUGAUCGAAAAUAUCAAGAAUUAUUAGAAAAAUUAACAGCGCAGGAAAAACAUUUGGAAAAUUUGGAAAAAAGUCAUCGAUAUGAGGUAAAUUCAACGUUGUUAAAACAAAAAGAAUUAAAACGCGAACUAGAUAAACGACAAUCAGAUUAUAAUGAGUUGACGUUAAAAUUGGAAGAUAAAACAAGACAAUUAGACACAAUGCAUAUUUAUACACAACGUGGUGGUCAUCGACCAGAAACAAAUAUGACGAAAUCGCAUUCUUUACAAUCAUUACAACAACCUGAUACAUCACCAAGAUUUCGAGAAAAAAUAUUAGACUAUGAUAAAAAAAGACGAGAACAACAAGAGAAGAAAAAAGCACAACAUCAACAACAUCAACAACAACAACAACAAGAACAUCAACAGCAAACGAAAAAACCACGAACACACGAUCGUUUACCUCCAACAUCGACUGCAAAGAAAGAGACCAUUCAAUAUAAAGUGAUGUCGGAUGAUGAGAAAAAAAUCAAAAAAGAUCCACCCUUACAAAACGGUAAGUUUGAUCGAUUUUGUUGUAGAUGUUUAAUCUAA